AUAAUAAUACCUGCAUAUAAUAACUAAGUGAUGCAGCUAAAUAUACAACCUGUUCACUAAGUAUAUUGAUUUUAUCUAAGAAUAGGAACAGUUACAUAAUAUGACAAGCCAUUUGUAGUUCAAAUAAACUUGAGCCUGUAUCUAUUAAUAAAAACUCCAUUUAAUAAUAAUCAGAAUCAAGAACCACUUAAUAGAACCUUAAUAGCUAUUUGAAACUAGAUUACGUGGAAACAAAUGUUUUAUCAAAAGUAUCGAUGGCAUCUACCAAAAAAAACAUGCAUGACUAAGUCUCACAAAAUUGUAUCUAGUUUCUACGUAACAUCCAGUAACAUAUGCACAAGCUGAGACGUUCUGAACGUAAACACAAAGCGUAAACAUCGAAGUCUAAUGACUCACAAUGACGAAGUUUUCAUUAUCAUAUCACAACCACAAGCAUACGUUAGUUGCAAUCUGACACCGCGAGCUAAUUGUCGUUUUUAUACAACGCUGUAACGUAUUUUGUAUUUAAUUUCAAAUAACGUUAAGUUAUCAUAUUAAUUCACGCUUCAAGGCUGUUUUAAUGAGUACGCGAGCGGUUGACGGCUGACACGGUUGAACGGAGUGCGUAUUUUCCUCAUCGGCGAGAACAAAGGGACCUUAUUUGCGGAUUCGUUUAACAGUUUUAACACUCCGAUACGUCGAAAUAUACCAGCCUGUUGAUCUACACGUGAACUGUGCGUAUGUGAAAACGGGACGAUGCGAGAGGCCGCGGCGUGAAAAAAAUCGAAUGCAAAAAUGAUUAAAAGGAACGGUGAUAAUGUAUUUGCGAUCGCGUCGAGCAACAAUCAGUGUCAAGGCGGCCGGAGCGCCGUCUCGCUCUGUCCCGGCGCGGCCACGAGGAUCCCGCGCGCCACCGCCGCCACUGCCGCCAGGAUGACGCAGCCCGAUGCGCAGCAACACACCAAGGAGGCGAACAUCGCCCUGUCCACGUACGUGGAGAAGUGGAAGAACAGAUACGAGGACGCCGAGAGGAAGCACAAAGCGCACCUCCUCAAGUCCGAAAAAGCCAAGCGCGAGCACGAUGACCUACAAAGGCGGUACAACAUCGUCACAGAAGAGAGGAACCACCUCGAAGCUGAGCUCAACGACAGAGAGAAGGAGCUCAACAAGCUGCGAGCUGUCUCGGAGAAGCUGUUCAACGAAUACCAGCAGCUUAAGAACCAGCAUGACAUCGACUCGGGCGUUAUGCAAAAGGUUAUGCAGCAGGCGGGCGAGUGGUACAAGCAGAACAAACAGCUGAAGCGACGGAGUACCGCCCUGCUGCACGCCUUGCCUGCCACGGCCAUAGACAUCGACCUAACUGAUGCUAAUGAUGCAGCGUCAGACACAAGCAGCAACGAAGAAGUAGAGUUCCUGAAGCGUUGUGUGAGCGAGCUGAGCGAACAGAUCGCGACGCUUCAGACCGAAGCGAACGCAGCUAAGCUUCACGAGUUCGAAGCGCACGAGAUCAACGUGCAAUUGACACAGGACCUAGAGACAGAGCGGGAGAGAUGCAGCAAGCAAGAGAAAGAGCUACAAGACUUAAGGAAUCAGUUGGAGAGGCACAACAGGGUAUCAAAGUUGCUAAUGGAGGAGAUGAGUGCUUUAAAGAAUCACGCGGACAAGGAUAGACAGAUGGCGGAAACUUACAAAUCCGAAGCCCGAGAUGCGAAAAAGCGUGUAAAGGUGCUCGCACAUCAGAGCGCCUUGUUGAUGGGGGAGCUGGAAGUGGACGAGCGCUUGGGGCUCCUUCUGGGAGAAGUGGACAACCUGAGAGAUGCGUUAGAGCACCAGCUCAUCCGGCAUAAGGAGCAGAUCGAAGAAUUGCAGCUCAAACUAGCAGAGAAGCACGAAGAAACGGAUAUUCUCUUAUGGGAGGAGAAGAUAAAACUCGCGGAAGAAGACGCGCAGAAAGCUCUAGAACGAGCAGAGAAAGCGGAGAAGAAGCUCGCAGAAAUAGAGAGAAAUAGACCGCCGAAAAAAUCCAACCUAAUGUCCAGGAUUAGCUACUUUGAAAGUGGAGGGAAUGAGAAGAAAGAGACUGUUAAAGAAGAUUUGGUUAAGGAGGUUAUUAGAGAAGAGAAGAUAGCAGAACCGAAACCACAACCACCAGAAAUACAAACACCACCAGAAAACCCUCCCACCACACAAUCACCACCAAAACCUCCUACACCGCCUCCCGUUCCUCCCGCGUCUCCCACGAGCUCCCCCGCACCGCCACCUCCUCCCAUGUUACCCCCACCACCGCCUCCCCCUCCCCCGCCCCCUGCACCGAUGGUGUUCAAGCCACCAGGAACAGUGGAGGACAUGGCUGAUAUGCUAGCCAAUAAGGGAGCUGCAUUGAAGAAAACUAAACAAAAUGGCGGUGGUGCCAUAGACGCAAUAGUAGACCAAAUCAAAGGUGGAAAAUUCCAGCUCAAAUCCAGAGAACAGAACUUCAUGGAGAAGAAACCAAAAGACGAACAACCGGAGGCUGUGAAAGAAAUGUUACAAAUCCUUGGUACCUUGAGAAAGAGAAGAGUUAAUAGACCUAUUCCGACUGAACAAGAAUCUUGAAGACCUACUUACAGCUAUUGUGAAGAAAUUGCAGUCAAGUUACGAAUUUUGGACUUCCAAGAUUUAUAAAUCUUUAAGACUUACAACUAUUGUGAAGAAAUUCCAACCAUGUUUUACGGAUUCUGGUCGAAAUUCCAACU